AUGGAACAGGUAUGGUUACUGCUCCUGCUGAUGAUUAAAGUGCUUUCAGUGACUGCUCAGUUCAAUGGAUACAACUGUGAUGCUAACCUCCAUAGCAGGUUUCCUGCUGAACGAGAUAUCAAUGUUUUCUGUGGAGUACAGACAAUUACUAUGAAGAUAAAUUUUUGCACAGUUCUUUUCUCUGGUUAUUCUGAGACAGAUCUGGCACUGAAUGGGAAACAUGGGGAUGCCCACUGCAGGGGUUUCAUCAAUAACAACACCUUUCCAGCAGUGGUCAUUUUCAUCAUCAAUCUGAGUACUUUGGAAUCCUGUGGAAACACUUUAGUGGUAUCCUCAGCUCGAGGUAUCAGUGCUUAUGGAAAUACCUCAGUGGUACAGAUAGGUAAUGUUUCAGGCUAUAUUGACACGCCAGACCCACCCACGAUUAUCAGCUAUUUGCCUGGGCUUCUGUACAAAUUUAGCUGUAGCUAUCCACUGGAGUACUUGGUUAACAAUACCCAGCUUGCUUCGUCAUCAGCUGCUAUUUCUGUAAGAGAGAACAACGGUACAUUUAUCAGCACUUUGAAUUUGUUGCUUUACAACGAUUCAACCUACAGCCAGCAGCUCCUUAUUCCAAGUACAGGUUUACCUUUGAAAACCAAAAUAUAUGCAGCUGUAAGAGCAACCAACCUCGAUGGCAGGUGGAAUGUUUUGAUGGACUACUGUUACACCACACCGUCUGGUAAUCCUAGCGAUGAUCUUCGAUAUGAUCUUUUUUUCAGCUGUGACAAGGACCCGCAGACGACUAUAAUUGAAAAUGGCAAGAGCCAAAUGGGCCGGUUUUCCUUUGAGGUGUUUCGCUUUGUGAAGCACAAGAACCAGAAGAUGUCUACGGUCUUCCUUCACUGCGUGACAAAGCUGUGCAGAGCAGAUGACUGUCCUUUUCUUGUGCCAAUUUGCAGUAACAGAGAAAGAAGAGACGUUGGUGGGAGGACAACUUGGAGCCCUCAGAGCACCUCUGGCAAUGCUGUAAUCUCUGCUGGCCCCAUCAUUACAAGGAGUGAUGAGACGCCAACCAACAAUUCACAGCUUGCUCAUCCAAAUGGACCUCCUUUCCAGCUGAACUCAGUCACCAGUGCACUCAUUUCAGGCAUUAUCAUCCUAGGAAUCACAAGCAUUUUCUCUUUUGUAUGUUCUUUAACUCUUCUAUACAGAAAGUGGCCCAACAGUCCAGCCUUGAAUGGUAUCCGAAACCCAGUUUUCAACUGA